CUCUCCGCCGCGGACUCCCGCCGGAGGUUGAAGCCCGGCCGGGGGCGGGCCUUCCGGGAGAGGGUCGCGCGGGAGAGGAAGGUCGCGAUUAGGGACUCUUCCUCCUUGCUGCUCAAGAAAUGUCUUCACUUUCAGAAUAUGCCUUGCGCAUGACUCGUCUGAGUGCCCGGCUGUUUGGUGAAGUGGCCAGGCCUACUGAUUCCAAAUCCAUGAAAGUGGUGAAACUGUUCAGUGAGCAGCCUCUGGCCAAGAGAAAAGAGACUUAUGACUGGUACCCAAAUCACAACACUUACUAUGCACUCAUGGGGACACUGCGUUUUCUUGGCCUCUAUAGAGAUGAGCACCAGGACUUCAAGGAUGAGCAGUUGCGCCUAAAGAAGCUUCGUGGCAAGGGGAAACCAAAGAAGGGAGAAGGGAAAAGAGCAACAAAAAAGAAGUAGUGUUGGUCCAUCAGGAGAACAAAGCUCUUUCUCAGCAACUGACAGCAGAAGAAGGUGUAUUUAUCUUUCCACAUAUUCGAGGAAUGUAAGCUUCCGAAACUGAAGAUGAUUUGGAAGAACACGAUCAUUUCUGUGUUGAAGUCCCAUCCAGUUGAAUAGUGAAUGGUUUCCUGGACACCUUUUAAUUUGGCAAAGUUACUUCGGCCUUGGUUUUAUACCCUGAGGUUCACCUCUUUCUCUAAAGAAAUGAAUUGCAUAGACUUGAUUGAAGAAUGACUCAUUUGGGGUGGGAAUGGGAUGUUGGGGACUUGGGGAAAACUCACUGAAUGAGCAUCUUUUAGUCUCCCCAGGAUCCCUCCUUGCUUCCCCAUGACACCAGCCCCAAACUUCCAUCCCUCUAGCCGUUCAGCCACUGUCUGACCAACAAGCUUACAACUUCAUGUACCUCCUCUCCACCUCCUCCUUGGAGAGUAUCUUCUAAGAUAGAUUUGUGGGAAAGUAUCUACCCGCUAAGAGUACUGAGUGAGUACCUGCUGGGGCCCUGGUGACACCAUGGUUAGCAAGCUGAGAAAACAGUCCCUACCUCAAGGAACUUACGGGCUUGUGGGAGACUAAUAUCAUUACAUAAAUAAAAUUGUUUUAAAUGCUA